ACAGUUCGACUCGAUGCGAUUCCCGAAGAUGGCAAAGCUCGCGAUCGUCGCGAUCGUCCUCCUGGCGAGCACCGGCGGCUCACUCUCUCAGAGAACAAUCAGGGCUACGUCGACGAGCACAGACGCGAACGUGGAGGCCAUCAGGGACAUUCUGCGGAAGGUCUCGAGCGGGGAGUCAAGCGCGAAGGACGACGCGAGCCUGAUCGAGAUCAUCAAGGAGGAGAUCGUGAAGACCGCGGAGGAGAUCAAGACGCCGGAGGGAUCGAUCGAGGCGGCCGCCAGGAAGGCGCAGUCACUGGUCGCCGCGUUGACCUCGGCGUACACCUCGGCCAUCUACAAGUCCAAAUCGCCCGAGGACGGCCGAGAGAAUUUCGCGCGCUUCCAGACCACCGUCCAGGCGAUCGUCGACUUCAUCAAGCAAGGCCAAUUUCUCGCGUAUGACGCGACACCCGGCAGCGCGCGAUAGAUACGCGCGCACGGUUCUCCGAGCUGACGAAAAAACCCCGUCCGUCCAAAUGCUGUCGAAUGUUAUACGCGUUUACCGGCCGCCCGCGAUACAAAUGUACCGCGGAGAAUCG